AUUUGAUAUGAAAUUGUGUAUCAAUGCUGGUUUUAUUUUAUAUGCUUAUUUUUUUUAAUAGUUAUAUGCUGAAAAAGUAGCAGCAAGAGGUCUUUGUGCUAUUGCACAAUGUGAAUCUUUAAGAUACAAAUUGAUUGGAGGACUUGCUGUGAGAAGAGCCUGUUACGGUGUUUUGCGAUUCAUCAUGGAAAGUGGAGCAAAGGGUUGUGAAGUAGUUGUUUCUGGCAAGCUGCGAGGACAGAGAGCAAAAUCUAUGAAAUUUGUUGAUGGUUUAAUGAUACACAGUGGUGAUCCUACCAAUGAUUAUGUUGAAACUGCUGUACGACAUGUACUCCUUCGACAGGGUGUGUUGGGAAUUAAAGUUAAAAUUAUGUUGCCAUGGGAUCCUGUAGGCAAAAUUGGACCUAAGCAUCCACUUCCUGACAAUGUUAGUAUAAUUGAACCCAAAGAUGAAGAAUUGCCUCAAGCCCCUUACAGUGAAGCUAAGGGAGGUGAUGCCAAACCUCCUGUACAGGCUUAAAACAUGUACUAAAGAAAAUAAAAGAAAAUUUUUGUGGA